AUGAGCUCGAAGGCAAUGGCCCGGCAGCGCAUCGUGCCUGCCAUUCCCCAUCAGCUUUCAAUCCGCCGCGCAAAAGUCGCACCCGCAGACAAGAGCGACCAACAGAUUGCUGACGACAAGGGAAAGAGCGCAGCACCACCAGUCAAGACAGACAAAGCUCCGACGCACGCGAACGCUAUCGAAAAAGAGGAUGCCCACCAAGUCGACAAGCCCGCAGCUCUUAGCAACGGAGUCAAAGAAGAAGUCAAACAGACAGCCGCCGAGAAGGAGCUUGUCGCAUUGAAGGAGUCUGCUCAGGACAACGAGACAUUUGAGCAAGAGACAGCUGUUAAGAGCAAGAAAGAGAUUGCGGAGAAGGAGGUGACUCAUGGUGUGAAGAAUAGCAAUGAAGUGACUGCUCCUCGCCGCCAACCUCAUCAUCAGGACGCCCAAGCUCUUCCAUUCGUCCCCAAGCAUCAGCCGAAGCACAGUGAGCCGCUUGUCUUUGGUGGUCUCCAAGACUCGUCGAGCGUAUCGCCUGCCACCCUCACCAACGCCUUUGUGCCUCCUCCAGCCAUGUCCGUCAUGCCUCCUAACCUUGGACCCUACGAAGGCUAUGUCCCUGCUCAGCAAUAUGCUCCUGCCCCUGCUCCGGUAGCCGCCAUGCCCGCCCCUCCGGUCAACGGUCACGCCUUUCAAUAUGCCAACGGAACAGCCACCCAGCUAGGAAGCAUGUCAUCCUCACCUUCGCGCACUCCCUCUGUCCCGCUCGGUGAUGCUGCCGCCACUGCUGCUGCUACGCCUGAUAUCCACAUGCCAUACAAGCAUCAUGCCCAGCAGUCCUCGUACGCUGGUCUGCCGCCAUUCGACAACAACGCGCAGCACAUUGCCGACUUCGUCCAGUCCUACUGGGGACAGGCCCAGUUCGCCGACUUGAUUCUUGAGCUCUACUCUGGUGACCAGCCAAACGAGCCCUUGAUGCUGCCAGUCCACAGCCUUAUAAUUGCUCGCUACCCCAGUCUCCUCAAGCUAAUUCACUGCCUGCCCCGAACAAUCACCCAAACGCGCGCCCCUAUUGUUCACGUGCCUCGUAGCUAUUGCUUCCAAGACGCUUCCGCUUUUGCUGAAGCUGUGCGUUACGUCUACGGUAGCCCGCUGAUCGACCCCAUGUACAUCUUCGGCAACCCUUCCGGUACCCCGAGCACCCGCAUGCGCUUUGCCCUGUCAUACCUCGCUGCUGGUCACUGCCUGGGUGCCGAGCCUAUCGUCAUGCACGCCUACAACAUCGCCUACCGCAUACUUGGCGUCCACGAGCUCGAGACUGUCCUCUUCUUCGCCGCUUGUGGCUACUGUCUUAGUGGCAACAGCUUGUACGGCCCUUACGGCGACCACAUAGUCUGGCAAGCUGUACUCUUCAUGGUCUCACAUUUGCAACCCGGCUUCUUCGAUGCCUCGGCGACCGAGCUCGCUUCGCUACCUCGUAUCUCCAAUAUGGAUAACUCUGCUUCAACAUCCCAGUCUCAACCCGACUCCCGAUCCUCGUCUGUCUUUGCUUCCUCAGAUGCUCAGCCUAUUCAGCGUCCUGGCUCAAACGUUCACUUAGGCUCAACAACUCCCAGCAGCUCAGACGCCGGUUCUGUUAACUAUGUUCUGUCCUCGGCCCUCCUGUCUAUGCCAUUUGAGCUUUUGAGGCAUGUGCUGGAGCACGAAGGUCUCGUCAGAAACCUGGGUAUUGACGCAGCGCUGACUAUUGCUGGCGAUGUCGUGCGCGAGCGCGAGCGUCGUCGUAUCGACGCUUGCACUGCACUGCAGGACCAGAAGAGAGCCCCGGAGGGCAUCCUUCUGUUCAGCGAGGCAGUUGGCCGCGAUGCAACUGGCACACGCGUCAAGCUAUUCAGCACUCGCUUCGGUUGA